GUUUCGAUUUCGAUAUCAUAAGCGGCGACUGUCGCUAAAAUGAAAAUAGUAAAUUACAUAAAAUAACAAACGAAUAUAAUAAAGCUAUAUCCGUAUAUUAAUUAUUAAAUUCCAUUCUGUAUUGGCAGAAAAAUACUCAGUCGUAAAAAUGAAAACCUUGUUGAAAUUAGUGUUUGUAAUUUGCAUUAGCGGUACUCUAGCCAAGAAGUACAAGGAUGAGGAUAAACCGAAAUGGGCAAAAAAGGACAUUCGAGAUUUCACCGAUGCCGACAUGGAACGGCUUUUUGAUCAAUGGGAAGAAGACGAAGAACCGUUACCAGAGGAUGAAUUGCCUGAACACUUGCGCAAGCCGCCAUCUAUAGAUUUGAAAAACCUUGAUACUUCUAACCCAGAAGCCGUCUUACAAGCUACUAAGAAGGGCCAGACUCUUAUGAUGUUUGUCACUGUAGCCAAUAACCCAUCUAAAGCCAGAACCGAGGAGCUUACUAAGAUUUGGCAGACCAGUCUGUGGAGCAAUCAUAUACAGGCUGAAAGAUACUUAAUAGGAGACGAUAGAGCUAUAUUCAUGUUUAAAGAUGGAUCCCAAGCUUGGGCAGCAAAGGAAUAUCUUUUAGAACAAGAUGAGCUUAAAGAUGUACAACUUGAAAGCCAAACAUAUGAAGGGAAGAAACCCAAUGUUAGAAAUCAAGCUGUAAGGGAUGAAUUAUAAGAAAAUGAAACCUGUAAAACUAGUUUUGCCAAAACCGUUCUACUGCUGUCAUAAUAAAUAAGAAUAAAACCAGGGAUCUGCAUUUUUUGGAAACUAGAGAGUUUUAAGUAGAUAAUUAAAAAAAAUUUAUAAAAAAAGUAUAUUGUGAAAAAUAUCAGAAAUAUUAGAAGGCAUCUGUGGCACGGAAAUGUUCUUCGUCUAUUGUGGAAUAAAUAUGUCCUUCUCCACACAUCCAUUCCAAAAUGUUUCUGCAAAA